AUGCAAGAUAAAAGCGCUUCGGUCACAGGGCGAAAAGAAGAUGUUUCUGCUGCUAAGAGGGAGAUAGUAUCGGCAGCUGAACAUUUCAGUCAAAUCCGAGCCCAACGUAAAAACAACCAGAAUGGAGCUUUAGCUCCAGGUCCUAAUUCCAACAUUCCGGGACAGGCAACGAUCCAGGUCAGAGUGCCCUACAGGGUGGUUGGAUUGGUGGUGGGGCCUAAGGGUGCUACCAUUAAACGCAUACAACAACAGACCAACACUUACAUUGUGACACCCAGUCGUGACAAGGAACCCGUAUUUGAAGUUACCGGACUACCAGAGAAUAUAGAGAGUGCUCAAAAGGAAAUUGAAGCACACAUUGUUGUACGCACUGGUGCUAUGCUUGACUCUAAUGACGAGAAUUAUUCGAAAUCCAAUGGAUUGGACCAGAGGUACACUGGGAACCUUAACUUAACCAACGGCUUUGUUACAUCUAUGUUUAAGUCGGAUCUUGAUGGGUUUGUUUCACAUUUACGAGACAACAAAAAUUUGCUCACGCAAACCUCUCAAGAUAAUAUUUUCUCAUUGUCUUCAAACGGUUCAGUUAAACUCUCAGACUUUUGUCCUUUUACGGGCGGCUUUACCAAUGGUUUUGGUUUUUACGACACGGAUGAGGGUUUAGGUGACUCUCCAACAUUUGACCCAACAGUCAUUCCAACACCAACAACUUGGCCGGAUGGAAGUUUAUAUCCCAGCUCUAACUUGUCUCGACGAAGUGAAAGUUAUGGUAGUGAAGGCACGGCUUUAAUACAAGCCAUCACCGAUGGUCUUCUCAUUGACCAUCCUCCAGCUAGACGGAUUCAAAGUGAUCCCUUGCCCUCUUUCACAUCACUACCAAACGUUACGACCAACAUGUCUACAAAUAGACCAUUCGUCAACAGCAGUGGCAGUCUGGCAAGCAGUCCCACCGACUCGCUGGGGUCCAUUGGAAAGAACUGUCGGCGAGAAUGUAUUGUCUGCUUUGAAAGUGAUGUGGUGGCUGCUUUGGUUCCUUGUGGUCAUAACUUGUUUUGUUUGGAAUGUGCAAGUCGGAUCUGUGAGAAGUCGGAGGCAGCAUGUCCAAUAUGUCACCAGCACGUGUCCCAGGCAAUCCGCAUUUACUCUUAA